AUGUCAGAUACCGACAGUAAUAAGAAAAUAAAAUUAGAUUCUACCAUGUUGAAGAUUUGUACCCAUUCAGGCUCCUUCCACGCCGAUGAAUCGUUGGCCGUAUUCAUGAUUAAAUUGUUGCCAAAAUACCAAAACAGCCAGUUGAUCAGAUCAAGAAACCCAUCUGACUGGGAAUCAAGUGACGUAGUUAUUGAUGUUGGUGGUAAGUACGAUGGUAUCAAGUGGUUUGAUCACCAUCAAAGAGAAUUCAACGAAACUUUCUCUGCUGAAUAUAAAACUAAAUUAUCAUCGGCUGGUUUAAUAUAUAAGCACUUUGGUAAGGAAAUCAUCAGCCAUGUAUUGAGCAUCAAUGACAGCAACGUCGAUUUAUUAUACAACAAAGUCUACAAGGAAUUUAUCGAAGCUUUGGAUGCCAACGACAAUGGUAUUAACAAUUACUCAAAAGACGUCGAAUUAAACAAAAAAUUCAACGACAGAAACAUCACGUUGCCAUCGAUUGUCUCUAGACUUAACCCUUCAUGGAACACCGAUCCUACUGACGCCGACUUUGAUGCUGCUUUCAGUACGAGUAGUCAGUUGAUGGGCCAAGUCUUCGUAAAUUUAUUGACAGGCUACGGAAAAUCCUGGUUACCUGCCAAACAGAUUGUUGAGAGAGCAUUCAAUUCUAGGUUUGACGUUGACAAAUCAGGUGAAAUCAUCAUUUUGGAUAAUUUCUGUCCUUGGAAAGAGCAUUUAUAUUCCAUCGAAAAAGAUGCUAGCAAGCAAGGUGAAAUUAAGUUCGUCUUGUUCCAAGACUCGUCGAGUAAAUGGAGAAUUUCUACAGUCUCCGUAACUUCAACUUCUUUCGAAUUCAGAUUAGGCUUACCUGAAAAAUGGAGGGGUAUAAGAGACGAAGAAUUAUCUGAAUUGACUGGUGUUCCAGGUUGUAUCUUCGUACAUGCGGCUGGGUUUAUUGGUGGUGCAAAUACCAAAGAUGCCGUAUUACAAUUAGCAAAAUUAUCUCUCUAA